AUGAGGAUUUGGUGGCUUCUGCUGGUUAUGGGUGCAUGCGCAAGGAGUGUAAACUCCCAGGACACCUGCAGGCAAGGGCACUCUGGUAUCCCUGGGAAUCCGGGUCAUAAUGGCCUGCCCGGAAGAGAUGGACGAGAUGGCGCCAAGGGUGACAAAGGAGACGCAGGAGAACCAGGACAUCCCGGUGGCCCAGGGAAGGAUGGAAUUCGUGGAGAGAAAGGAGAACCAGGAGCAGAUGGAAGAGUUGAAGCAAAAGGCAUCAAAGGUGACCCAGGCUCCAGAGGAUCCCCAGGAAAACAUGGCCCAAAGGGAUCCAUUGGCCCUAUAGGAGAGCAAGGACUGCCAGGGGAGACUGGCCCUCAGGGGCAGAAGGGGGAUAAAGGUGAUGUGGGCCCCACUGGUCCAGAAGGACUAAAGGGCAGUACUGGACAUUUGGGUCCCAAGGGCUUACCUGGCCCAGUGGGUCCCAUUGGCAAACCAGGUCCCAAGGGAGAAGCUGGACCCGUGGGUCCCCAGGGGGAGCCAGGAGUCCGAGGAAUAAGAGGCUGGAAAGGUGAUCGAGGAGAGAAAGGGAAAGUUGGUGAGGCUCCCAUUGUGCCCAAGAGUGCUUUCACCGUGGGGCUCACAGUGAUCAGUAAGUUCCCUCCCCCUGAUGCACCCAUUAAAUUUGAUAAGAUCCUAUACAAUGAACUGAACCAUUACAAUGUGGCGACAGGGAAAUUCACCUGCCACGUGGCUGGCAUCUAUUACUUCACCUACCACAUCACAGUUUUCUCCAGGAAUGUGCAGGUGUCUUUGGUCAAAAAUGGGGCAAAAGUCCUGCAUACUAAGGAUGGUUACAUGAGCUCUGAGGACCAGGCCUCUGGUGGCAUCGUGCUGGAGCUGAAGCUCGGGGAUGAAGUGUGGAUGCAGGUGACAGGAGGAGAGAGGUUUAAUGGCUUGUUUGCAGACGAGGAUGAUGACACCACCUUCACCGGCUUCCUUCUGUUCAGCUCUUGACACAGAGGACUCUGCUUACACCUCAUAGAGGGCUCUGCUGGUGAAUGGGUGGAGCCCACAGGUCUAGCCUGGGGAGUGGGGUGCAACUGGAUCCAUUCCUCUAAUUACUGUGUCAGUCCUAAAAUGUGGAAGUGGGGAGUUAAGCCUACAAAUUCGGUCAUUUGGACACGGUAACAAUAAACUAAGAGCCACCAACCACA